AUGUGGAAAGAAAUCUCCAGAGUUGCCCAAUUGAGCCGGGCUACUCCCCUCCGCCAGACCCCGCGCACUCUCUCCUCCACCUCACCAGCGCAGGUCCAAUUCCAGGCCCGCAGGACUUUCCUCACCACGCCCGCGCGUCGAGCGCAACCCCAAGACGAAGAAGAUCACUUCCAUGACCGCCACAAGCUAGAUCCCCACCGCACCGAGGAUACGCAGUCAGCCACGACCGACGAGGUUGCGACUCGGGACGCUGCAUUUGACCCAUCAAACACGGCCCCGGAAAGCGAGCUUGGCCAGUCGCAGAAGGAGACGAAUCAGAGGGGAGAUCCACGCGAUCCGUUGACUGUUAGUCCGGCGGAUAAAGAUGUUGGUGGUGCGCGGGAUCCCAUGGAGGGAGGUGCUGCCAAGAAUGCGGACAAGGAGGGUGGUGUGCAUAGUGGGGGUGGUUCGCCCAGGAAGAACAGGCAGAGGAAGUGA